AUGGAGGGGUGGGAUCCGAAUACGAAAUCGACUCUAACACAGAUCCCGCUGCUAACAACGAAAGCUGGACCAAGAGACGGAGCGGCAUGGACGCAGAGGCUGAAGGAGGAAUACAAGUCUCUGAUCGCCUACACCCAGAUGAACAAGUCCAAAGACAACGAUUGGUUCCGAAUUUCCGCCGCCAAUCCCGAGGGGACACGGUGGACCGGCAAGUGCUGGUAUGUUCAUAACCUUCUCAAGUACGAAUUCGAUCUUCAGUUCGAUAUCCCGGUUACUUACCCCUCCACUGCCCCCGAGCUCGAGCUUCCGCAGCUUGACGGCAAGACCCAGAAGAUGUAUCGAGGAGGGAAGAUUUGUCUGACUAUUCAUUUCAAGCCACUGUGGGCGAAGAAUAGUCCCCGAUUUGGCAUUGCACAUGCACUGUGCUUGGGACUUGCUCCAUGGCUGGCAGCUGAAGUUCCCAUUCUGGUGGAUUCUGGGAUGAUCAAGCACAAAGAUGAUACAGCCUCAUCAAAAAUAAAGAUUGAGGAAGUGUUCUCAAUUUGUUCUGAACAUCAAAUGUACAAUUUCUGUGGAGCUGACAAAGGGAUUAUAGAGUUUGAACUUGGAAAUGCAUCGAAUGCACAUAACAUCAUAUGA